AUGUCAUCAGACGACCAUCCUAACAGAGAUGUGACCGAGAACGCCCCUACGAACCCCCAACUUCCUGAUCACAUUGAUCUACAGCUUUGGCAUAGCCACACCAAGAAGCAUGUCUUGGAUCUGGAUAAGCCCAUGAAAGAUGGCGAAAUCGACCCGGAAUGGAGACCACCUCCAUCAGAGAAUCGUGUACCUUAUCUCAAGUCAUAUCGCCCCUUCGAGCCUUGGGUCGCCCAAGAGAACCGCCGACGAGCUGAGAAUCUGCCUGAAUAUGAGGCAGCAGCUCGAGAAUGGGAAGACCAAGGUGGGAAUUCCCAGGGCUACAAUCGUCCUACCAGGAAGAGUAUGAGCCUCAAGAGGAUUGGGGCACAAGCUGUUAGUGAGUUUGCCUUUCAAUCAACAAGCCUUUGCAAAAGGCUUGAUAAGUUUCGAGGUUGA